AACUGCACCCCGGUCUGAAACCUCCUUGAAACUUCUUUGCUCCGAGCACCACCUGGCCCAGCUGUUUGCAGAGUGCGUGGGUGUGUGUUUUGUGCAUUAGAGCAGACACUGCAACUUGUCACUCAUCGCAGGGUCGUUGCGAAGGCGGAAGUUCCCGAGAAGUUACCCAGUUGGAAGAAUGAGAGCUUUCUUGUGCCUGCUGUUUUACAAGCUGGAGGAGGGAGCCUUCCAUCUUAAGGAGGAGACUGCUUCACAUGGUUAACAUGGCAGCGAGACUUCAUCAAAAAAAUGGGGAGUGAACGAGACCACACGAUGAAAUGGCAUUUGCUGAAUGAAACUAACAGCAUGAGGCCCUUGUAUGAAGUUACAACAUCAUUUACAUGUUUUAUUUCUAAGGUUGGCAAGAGCAACAUAAAAGACUGCAAGCAGAUGACAGCAAUUCUGGAAAGUCCUAUUGGUGCCAUCCAAGUAUCUGGCUGUGAAGAAGGUAUUCACUCCAUACAGCUCCAGGAGAAUUUUGUACCCAAGGACAGGACAAGAGUGGCCUCAUUUAGUUGCGAGCCCUGUGAAAGCCAAGAGGAAAUGACAGUACCAGUGAAACACUGUAUGACCUGGCUUCAGGCCUACUUCUGUGAACCUUGGACAUUGGGAAAAUUUCCUCUCCCUGUCUUCCAUCAUCCUAUUUUUCAGCAAGCUACCUUCACUUGCAACGUGCUGACUACUCUGCUAAAUGAUGUGAAAUUUGGAGAAAUGAUUUCCUACAAGCAGCUAGCAACCCUUGCAGGCAAUUCAAAAGCCGUGAGAGCUGUGGGAGGAGCAAUGAGAAGUAACCCGGUGCCAAUUAUUGUGCCCUGUCACAGGGUGAUCUGCGCAAAUGGACAGAUUGGUAAUUAUAUGGGAGGAAGAGGAAAUCACCUCAAACAAUGGCUACUGACACAUGAGAAGCUUCUGAAUGAGAGUCGAGAAACAUCUCAGGGACUUUGUCCAAUGCUGCCACUGAGCCAGAAUGUACGCCAACAAUAUUCGGAAUAAAGCAAGCUCUUAACACAUCCGCUAUUAUUGGGGGUAUAUCUAAGUAGUGACUUAAAAAAGAUAAACGAAAUUUGAGAUUCAGAUGUGUGGAGGCACCAUUACUAUAUUAAAAAGGCUGAAAACACCCUGAGGGACGCUGGCCUUUCUUGUUUUUACAUUUUACAGAAGAAUGAAUACAGAGGACUGUGCAUGUUGUGUAUGUAUUUUGUUUCCAUCUACAAGCUUUUUUUUGUUCUAUUUUAAUGCCCAUUAAAGCAAGGAUAAGGGAGUGGGAGGAGCAUGGCAAAUGUUAGGUGCAACUGCCCUCUAAGGAAGCAUCUGGCUCACAGAGGGGAUAGAUGACAAACUGAUGCUUGCGUGUUACUGGGAGCAAAAUGAAAUCCUGAGGCUUCAGCACACACCUCUUUAUUCCUGCACAGUAUUGUAUUUGACCAGCAUGGAAAGCUGAACGUCAGCCAGAUGAGUGUCAACAAAUGCCCUCUCCUCUUUGAUGUUUGUGCUACCGAGAAAAAAAAUCUUUCUCAUAAACACUUCGCAAUGUUUUUGUGGCUAUUCUGUGAAAAGGAAGCAUUUUCUGCAUGUCAUUCAAGAGAAUGUUUUCCACAGUCCGAGCACUGUUAUUAUUUCAAAUUGAAAUAUAUUUUCCACAUCUCUUAAAAAUGCAUUUUAUACAUUGUAUAUUUUUUAAACAGAGUCAGAAUUCUGUUUAUUUUCCCCUAUAAUUGCAGAAGCAAUUAAACAUGUAAAACUUUUGAGCAAGAGAUUUCUUUUGAGCCAGAAGCAAUCUGGUUAAUUUGGUAUAGAAGCAAGUUUCUUACAGUUUAGGGGAAAUAUUUUACAUGUUUAAUUAGCAAGAAGACAAAUCACUUCAGUUGUAUUAAUGGAAUAUUGUCAAUGCUGUUGGUUUGGAGUCAAGGCUUACUUAACCAGAGACCUAUACUAUCUCAAUUGAUAAUGUUUUUGUCACCCACAUGCUUCCAUUCACAGAAUCAGGAAAGGAAUUUGUAUGUUUUAGUUUACAGUUGUCUUAUGCAUUCUUUCCCCUUGGAAAUUAUUUUAUUGCCUAGAUGAUUAGGUUGCAGAGAGGGAGCUCUCUCUGGUACUUUCUUUUCCCACUGAAGACAUUGUUUGAGCAGCGACAGUUAUCCUGCCCGGGGGAAGAUGCAUUUUUCUGUCUUUUCAAGCUCCCAUUUCCUCUCAUUGUUAGUCAAUGUGAGCACAUGCAAGGAUUUAUAUAAUUAUUCUGAAAUCACAAAAAGUGAAGAUUUUAUCAAAAUGCAUACUACCGGACAUUUUUUGGAAUAAUCUGAGUGGUGUUGUGUGACUAUGAAUUAUGUUAGACGUGUUUAAUCAUAGAAUAAUCUAUUAAAGGUCACAAGCUGCUACAAUUUUUCCACAAACAGGUACUUCUUCCAAAAGAGCAUUAAAGUUGCUGUGAAAUAAGAGAGGGGGAUGGGUGUCAGUGAAAUUAAGUAUUACAUUGAAGCUGCCACACAAUUGAUACAAUAGGAUUUCUUGCAGUUACACAGAUCAAAGAUGUCAUUCUUUAAAUGAUAAUCAGAACAAGACACCUAUCCCAUAUCGAUAUUGGCCACAUUGGUUUUCUCACAUACAGGUUCAAAACUACUUAUUAGCAUGUCUUCUAACUUUUUCAUGGUUGGUGUAAGGUUGUAUAUUUAUUAGAUAAUCAAUCUCUUGGAAAAAUACUGAGUAUUAACUAUUCAGGGUGAUGAUUUUAGGAGGAUUGAGCAAAGGGUGGUGAGUCACUAGUGAAAUGAAUACUUUAAAAAUUUGUUAAAAAGCUUUCCAACAGACAGCAACUUUAAAACACUUGGUUUGUGCAGAUUAUUGAAUUGCUAAAUUUUUACCAUGUUAGUAUUUCACAUAGUGUUUUAUGGAUGUUAAAUUCAUUUGUGUAAUUGAGGUUUUGAUGACAGCUUGGUAACUUUCUUUUUAUUUGCCCAUUACUCUUUAUGCAAAUCAUUAUGAAAGCAGAUACUUUCAAUGUUCUUAUUUGUCACGUGACUUCCUUGAUAUUGAUCCUUUAAUUUUUAGUGGGGCAUAUUUUCCUUCAAUAAUAAAUGCAAGAUAAUUCAUUAGAACAGUUUCUAUAAAUAAAAGAUGGAUUCGACUUUGAAAAUGAGAUUAGCUUUUUACCAUUGACUGCAUGUUCUCCUGCUUCAUCUGAUAUGUGGUUCUAUAAUGUUAUUAAAGGUAAAGCUCUCAGAGUGGAGUUUGAACCAAUAGAGGGCAGUAGAGUUCAGUGGAAUUGCGUUACAAUGCAGUGUGUAGUCACAACAACAGCUUUACUCUCAAUUAUUUCUGUUUUUAACCUAUGAAGAGAACCCAGAGUAGCUGAACACAACCUUACACCUUAAUUUGUCCUGCAUAUAUUCAGUCAAACUGCUGCCUGUUUAAGUUUCUUUGUACUCCCUCACUUCUGCCUUUUGUGUAUGUGGCUGUGCAUAGCGCAGUAGAACUUACUGCUGUCUGGCAGUCAGAUGAAGAAUGGUCCUUCUUUACUCUCUGAUUUCUGAUAUUGCUAAUGAUGCACAGGCUACAGACUGGAGUGAGCACUAAUGAAGGGUGCUGUGACACGAGAACCUCUAGGGAUUCUAUUUAAGAAGAGAGGUGAAUGCAUGCUGCCACUUGGGUGUACUUCAAGCAUGCCCUCUUCAACCAUUAUUGCUUAUUUCAUCUUGUGAUUUUGUUUUAAUGCUGUGCAUUAUUUGGCAUGAUUAUCUUUCAUGAUGAAAUACUUAACUCUUGUGUGAAUCUGCAAAGAGGCGGAGGAGGUAAUGGUUAUGUUUUUAACCCAAUUGUUGAACGAAAGAAACGUCCUUCAGCCUUGGAAUUGGGUUCCAGUGACCUAUCAGAUUUCCUCCCCUUCAGUCUUCCAGUGCUUUGAACUGCUGACAUUGAGACACUGUGCAGUCAGGCACGACAGCUGUUUCUGCAUCAUCUAAUACCAACACAUGCUGUUUUAGGCCAUUUCCAGAAGAACAGAUAAUGAAAGAUUCAGAAAUAAUAUUUGUUUUGGCAUAGUUACCUUUAAAAUAAAAUACAUGCCCUCGACAACAGAAAACUGGAUUUUGAGAUAGGGUUGGGUUUGUUGUCAGGUUACAUGGCAAGGUUUAAAGAAAUUCAGAGUGCUGCUUUCUUACAUUGAGAGCUGUUCCACAGACUCAACUAAGGCUUGUCUGUGCACUUUGUCAGAGUGAAAAAUAACAGACUUAGCAGUUGGCAUCUUAAUGCUGUGCAUUAUGAACUUCUGAUAAUUUUGACCCUACUCAAGCUUGACAUCAAGUGAAAGUAAGCGUAGGGAACAAAUUAACAGGCGCUUUCAUUCAGAUUUGUAACCUGCACCACUUCUCUCUCUCUCUCUCUCUCUCUUUCUCUCACUCACUCACUCUCUCUCGCACUCUCUCUGUCUCUCUCUCUCUCUCUCUCUCUCUCUCUCUCUC